CGCUUCCGACGUCGCGCGCAGCUCCGCCAUGGCCUCCGAGGAAGCGAGUCGUAAUUCUAGGUCUCGGUGGGAGCCGGAGGGGCGCUUCCCGCGGCAGGACAAGUAUUCAGUGCUUCUGCCCACCUACAAUGAGCGCGAGAACCUACCGCUUAUCGUGUGGCUGCUGGUGAAGAGCUUUUCUGAGAGUGGCAUCAACUAUGAGAUUAUAAUCAUAGACGAUGGAAGCCCAGAUGGAACAAGGGACAUUGCUGAACAGUUGGUGAAGAUCUAUGGGUCAGACAAAAUUCUUCUAAGGCCACGGGAGAAAAAGUUGGGACUAGGAACUGCAUAUAUUCAUGGGAUGAAGCACGCCACAGGAAACUACAUAAUCAUUAUGGAUGCGGAUCUCUCACACCAUCCAAAAUUUAUUCCUGAAUUCAUUAGGAAGCAAAAGGAAGGUAAUUUUGAUAUUGUCUCUGGAACUCGAUACAAAGGAAAUGGAGGUGUAUAUGGCUGGGAUUUGAAAAGAAAAAUAAUCAGGUUAUACCGAAAAGAAGUUUUACAGAAAUUGAUAGAAAAAUGUGUUUCCAAAGGCUAUGUCUUCCAGAUGGAGAUGAUUGUUCGGGCAAGACAGCUGAAUUACACCAUCGGGGAGGUUCCAAUAUCAUUUGUGGAUCGUGUUUAUGGUGAAUCCAAGUUGGGAGGAAAUGAAAUAGUCUCUUUCUUGAAAGGAUUAUUGACUCUUUUUGCUACUACAUAAAAGAAAGUUACUCAUUUAUACUUAAUCAUGUUCAUUUCGGUUUAAACCUAAAAGAAGGCCGGUUGCUGAAUUUUAUAAAAUGUACUCUUAGAGCAUAAAUCAUAAGGUAAGGUAAAUUUCGUGCAAGUCUUUUUUUCCAGAGAAACUCCAUUUUAUAUGGCAAAUUAGAAAAAUGAGCAGUGUUCUCAAUUUUCUUUUACAUUUUGCUGUAUCGAGGCCUGUAAAUAAAUGUAUAUGGGAUGUUUGCAUAAAAUAUUACUGCUUUCAUUAGAGUUUGCAAAUGUAGAAUUUGUUACAUGGGCACGAUUUUGAAGUACCCUUAUAAAAACUGGAUUCGUACCUAAUAGGGGUCAGAAGUAAGAGGAGUUCUAGUUAUAUUCAUGAAAUAUAUAUGGCUCUUUCUGUAUGAAUUGAAAAAAAAAUAUACACCUUAGCCCUUUCUCUAAAAGUGUAUCUCAAAUUUCUUAAACCAGAUAAUACAUUUUGAGCACAGUUUUAGAAUUUGGUUCUUCGCAGUUGUUGAUGAAGCAUUUCAUCUGUCAGAGCAAGUCUAUUUCAAAUACAUAUUGUGAAUUAGAAACAACUUGACAGCAGUUGCUUGCAGAACUGUUUUUUUCUCUUUUGAGCAGUAACUUUUCUCAGUAAGGAAAAAUAUUGAUGACAUUAAGGCAUAAAUUAGCUGCUGUGGUCAUUUUUAAACAUCUUAACUAUAUUCUUUUUCUCAGAGUAUUUGUGUUCAUAUUCUUUCAGGACCAUUAACAAAGCAUACAUCAUUAGUAAUGUGGCAAAAAUUCCCUAUAGCUCUUCUGUUUAUUCAGAAAACUGUUCUGCCAGUUAAAAUGCAGGUUAUGUUCUUCAGUAAAGCCAGCACAAAUACUCCAUUUACUUAGCUUCUACAGAUAUUGCCCCAAAGAGCUAUUUUCAGCUAUAACAUAGCUUUUAGAUCAUGCAGUAUUUUUUUUACAAUUCUGAGUAAGAUACAUUCAGCAAAUACAAGUUGACUCUCCUUUGCAAGUAAAAGGAAGGGGUGUGUCUGUGUGAUUUAAUAAGCAUAUUUAGUGAACAGUAUUCCUAAUUACUACAUUUUCCUGGCCUAAUUUGGCUGCUAAAGAAAUUUAAAGACUGGUUUUUCCACAUGCAUUUCUAACAGAUCCUACCAGAAAUGAAUACCAGAGCUUAAAACCUUUGUUGUCAGUUUAAACAUUACCUGUCCCCAUAGUCGAAUCAAUAGGACACAUUCCAAUAAGGGCCUCAACUGUUUCCCUUUUAUGCAGAGCUGAACUGCUGGCCCAUCACCACCCUCCUUCCUUGGAGAAGUGACUUGUCUCAUCAUUAAUAACAACUAGAAAAUUCAUCACCACUGAUGUAAAAUUAGUUUUAAGGUUACAUAAUACAAAUAUAAUACUUUUUUGGGGAGUGUUUAGAUUCUGUUCUUUUUUAUCUAAACUCAAAGUUAGGUUUUCGUUAACUAUGUGAAGCAGAGCUUAAAUUACCUCAGAGAACCCACUAUAUGGUAUUGCCUUCUAGAGAAAGUAGCUUUUACCUUUUUAGUCUUUUUUGUUCUUAUUCCUACAGUCAUUCGACUUACUGUUGGAAUUUACACUAAAGUAUUUGAGCAGUGAAAACUUGCACCAUUUGGAAGUUAUUUAGAAAAGAAUUUGGACUGUUUAGAUGCAUUUUUGUAGUAAAUGGUGAUUUAAACACUAUAAAAUCUUUUUAAAUAUUUACAUGUGAAUCCAGCAUCCCUUUUUACUUUGUAAAUGGGGCCAGGGACAAAAUCCAGAUGUUCUCCCAUUGUAUUAUCGCAGUAUGAAAUCUAAGUAAUAUAAUAUCUAAGGAAAACUAAACAAAAAAUUAUUUUACAUUUUUUAUAUUUCUUCUUGCCUGUCUUCUACAACAUGUAAUUAGAUCUUUCUUCUUUGUUUCUGUAAAUCGAAUAGUUUGCCGCCGCCCCCCAACAACUUUUUCUACCUAUGUUCUCUUGAAAUACUGAUUUGGCUUUUUUUUUUUUUUUUUUAAUACUCAACAGCAGAUGGAAGUUCCAGAGCCAGGGAUCAGACCCACGCCACAGCUGCAGCAAUGCCAGAUCCUUAACCCGAUGUACCACAAAGUAACUUCUUGAUUUGGCUUUUAAAGAUAUAUUUUAUCACAAUUCCAGAAAUUAAUGGAAUGCUGUGUUGGAUGAAACAGCUUGUUAAAUCUUCUGACUGAAGCCUUAGACAUAUUGGGCUAUAUGUAACCACCAUUUGUACUAUUUGCAAUUAAAUCAGAGUCUUCUGGGAUGAAA